CUCUAAUCGCUCCUAUUGAACGCAUACGCACUCUACCGAAUGUGUGUUUGCAAUCAAAAAUGUCAAAUCAAAUGAAUGUUGCAGAAAACAUAACAAUACUAGCGGCCGACCACCCGUAAAGUGAUAAAAGAUUGAGUCAGGCAUAUGUUGCGAGAUCAAUUACAAUCAAUAAGCAACACGAACCCACAAAGCACGAACGUCUGCGUAUUCUAUCUGAGAAACAUCCAUUGCAUUCAUGCGAAACGUCGACUGUUUUCGAUUAUUUUUCAAACAUUUCUGUACGGAAAAUGAGUUCGACUCCCAGCUCGAUAAAUUUAACCGCAUUGGGAAACAAUCUGGUUGAGAAGGUUCCCACUAUGGAGAAAGUGAAGCUAGACUCUCUUUGGAAGGAAUCUACGACAGUUAUCAUAUUUCUACGAAGAUUUGGUUGCGUUUUUUGUCGACAAUCAGCCAUGGAAAUCAGUAAACUCGUACCUACACUCCAGAAGAACAACGUCCGUCUAUUCGCUGUCGGAUUAGAAGAUUUCGGCUACGAAGAAUUUGUGCAGGGAAAUUAUUUUAAAGGCGAUUUGUACAUAGACGUUGAUGAGGCUAGUUAUAAGGAAAUCGGAUACAAAAAAUACAGCACAUUUGGAGUGCUGAUGUCGCUGUUACAUAAAACCGCACGGAAUGCCAUUGCUAAGAGCAGAUCAGAUGGAUUGCCAGGUAAUCUUGCUGGUAAUGGACUCCAGACUGGUGGAACACUUAUAGUGAGCGAUGGAGGAACGAAAAUUUUGAUGGAUUACAGGCAGACCAAUCCAGCUGAUCAUGCGGAAAAUUCUGAGAUUUUGAAAGCGUUGGGAAUUGCUGAGGUGCAGGCGGGUGAUGAUGCGGCUACAAAUUCUGAACAAUAAUGAACUUGUUAGCCUUUAAUCAUGGGAUUUUGUCAAACACUAGAGAAAAAUGUGUUUUUUUUUUAAAUCCGAA